AUGUUCCUAAUAAGGAACACAAACUUCGCCGUGUCCCUGCCGCUGACGGCGCUGCGGUGCGCGGGCUUCUGGGCGCCGGAGCUCGUUAACAAGAGACUGUAUAAUUUGUACGCGACUAUCUCCUUUAUGUACUUACUAGGUAUCUACCUCACCAUCCAAGUGAUAGACCUUUACAUGAUCUGGGGUGACAUCCCAAUGAUGACCGGUGUAGCGUUCCUGCUGUUCACCAACCUGGCUCAGGCGCUGAAGAUCCUCAACCUCCUGGUCCGCCGGCGCAGGAUACAGGCCAUCAUUGAGGAUAACGACAGGGUCUUCCGGGAGGUGGAAACGGUGGAGGGGAGGGAGAUCAUCAGAAGCUGCGACCGGGAGACGUCAUUUCUGCUGCUGCUGUACGUCAUCCUGACCCUCGUCACCACCACGGGCUGGGCCAGCAGCGCCGAGAAAGGGAAACUGCCUUUUCAAGCCUGGUACCCGUACGACACGAGCAGGACUCCGGCCUUCCAGCUGACAUACAUUCAUCAGGUGUCCGCGCUGGUGACCACCGCGCUGCUCAACGUGUGCAAGGACACGUUGGUGACCACACUCAUAGCGCAGGGCCGCUGCCGCCUGCGCCUGCUGGCCGCCCGCCUGCGGGGGCUCACGGAGGACCUGAGCCAGGAUCGACCAAUCAGUAAGCGCCGCACAAGCUGCCUCCUGACUCCAUCCGAGGAGUCAGUGGUUAAGGAACGUCUGCGCAGCUGUGUGGUGGAACAUCAGAGCGUGCUGGAUACGGUACAGCGCCUCCAGGCCGCCUUCUCCGAGCCCACCUUCUUGCAGCUCAUGGUGUCGCUUAUCAUCAUAUGCGUUACGGCCUUCCAGCUAAUAUCGCAAACGGGCAACCUGGUGCGUUUCCUGUCGAUGGGCACGUACCUGCUGAACAUGAUGUUCCAGGUCUUCCUCUACUGCUACCAGGGGAAUCAUCUAACAGAAGAGAGCGCGGGCGUGGCGGGUGCGGCGUACUUGUGCCGGUGGUACGUGUGCGGCGCGGGCGUGCGGCGCGCGCUGGCGCUGCUGAUGGUGCGCUGUCGCCGCGUCGCCAAGAUCACCGCGGGCGGGUUCACCACGCUGUCCCUCGCCACCUUCAUGGCCGUAAUAAAAACAUCAUAUUCGCUAUACACUCUCCUCCAGCAAGUUGAUGGAAAGCGCCUGUAUGUGAUCAUACAGACGGGCGAGCUGUACCGUGUGUGGGGGAACGUCGUGGAGAUGACAGCAGUACUGUUCCUGCUCAGCACUAAUGUCAGUCAGAGCAUCAAGCUAUUCAACGUCACAAGCAAGAAAAAUGUGGUAAAAGAGAUGGUAGAAGAGUUUGAGGAAGCUAUGGACGAUGAAACAACAAGGAACAAGAAUGCUGAACAAGUAGCUAAAAGUUUGGACUACGAAGGCAAGAUCCAGCUGUUAGCGUAUCUAUUCAUGAGUAUCACGUGUAUACUGGGCUGGUUCUUCAGCACCGACGAGGGAGAGCUGCUGUUUAAGGCUUGGUACCCGUAUGACGUGACCAAGUCACCAGCGUAUGAGCUGAGCUACGCCCACCAGUGCAUAGCCCUGCCCGUCACCGCCAUGCUGAACAUCUCCAGCGACACGCUUGUCACGUCGCUGAUCGCGCAGUGCCGCUGCCGGCUGCGACUCCUAGGGAGAGCGCUGACCAGCCUGUGUGAUGGACUGGAUCUGACGAAGGACAUUCUAUCAGACGCCGAUCAGGACAUAGUAGAGCGACGUCUGAAGCGCUGCGCGGUGCAGCACGAGGCGUGCCUCCGCAGCGCGCGCCGCAUCGAGGACUACUUCUCCUUCGCCAUACUCGUCCAGUUCUGUGUCUCCAUGCUCAUCAUCUGUGUGUCGGCGUACCAGCUGGCUUUUGCGACUACAAAUGCCAGUGAGAAGAUAGGAAUGGCGUUCUACCUGAUAGUGAUGGCGUAUCAGGUGUUCGUGUACUGCUACCAGGGGAAUGAACUGCUAUUGGAGAGCGAGAACCUCCUCGGCGCGGCGUACGAGUGUCCAUGGUACAAGCUGGGCGUGCGGUCCCGUCGCAGCCUCCUCAUCAUCAUGACGCGGACGCGGCGGGUCGCGACAUUGACCGCUGGCGGCUUCACUGUCAUCUCACUGUCUUGUUUUACCUCGAUCAUCAAGGCGUCCUACAGUUUCUAUACUGUACUGCAACAGAUGGAAGCAUAA